AGAGGGAGGGAGAGAGAGAGAGAGAGGGAGAGGGAGGGAGAGGGAGGGAGAGACGGGCGAUGGCCGCCGAUGGAGUAUGCGGGGAAUCGAUGGAGCAGUACCGGGCCGAGUUGGAGCGGCUCACCCAUGAACUGGCCGAGGCGAACCGGGAGAAGAUCAGGGCGGCGGAGUGCGGGCUGGUGGUCCUGGAGGAGAACCAGGUGCUGAAGCAGCGGUGCGCGGACCUGGAGAUCGACCAAGAUACACUCCGGACGGAGUUGGAGCAAUUGCAGGAGGCGUUCGGCCAAGCUUACAGCAACCAGCGUAAGGUGGCGGAGGACGGGGAGAGCAAUGAGGAGACGUUAUUAAAGGAGUCGGCCUCCAAGGAGGCCUACUACAUGGGACGUAUUCUGGUGCUGCAGACGGAAGGCACCCUAAGCCGCUCCGUGGCGUCCAACGCCCAGGCCGAAAACGAGAGGCUCAACGCUCUGUCACAGGAGCUACGGGAGAGUAACGAGAUGCUGGAGCUACAGAGGAGCCGGAUGAGGGAGGAGGUUAAGGAGUAUAAGUUCAGAGAGACCAGACUGCUUCAGGAUUACACAGAGCUGGAGGAGGAGAACAUCACGCUGCAGAAGCUGGUGUCCACGCUCAAGCAGAGCCAGGUGGAGUAUGAGGGACUAAAACAUGAAAUCAAGGUCCUAGAGGAGGAGACUGUUCUGCUCAACAGUCAGCUGGAAGACGCAUUACGUCUGAAGGACAUUUCUGAGGGUCAGCUGGAGGAGGCCUUAGACGCCCUGAAGAGUGAGCGCGAGCAGAAGAACAAUCUGAGGAAGGAACUGGCCCACCACCUCAGCCUGAGCGACAGCGUCUACGGAGCAGGGGCCCAUCUGGCGCUCACCGUCACUGGCGUUGAGGGCCUCAAGUUUCCAGAGGAGACCAACGGAAUCAACGGCAGCGCCAUCCCCGCUGCUAACGGCAACAAUGAGGACAGCAACCGCCGAAAUGACCACGUUCACACGGGCACCGGAUCGGGCAAGAUGAACGGGGACUACCGACCGGGUCGCAAAGGAGAAGGCCUCCACCCCGUGCCGGACCUGUACAGUGAGCUCAACCUGUCCGAGAUGCAGAAACUCAAGCAGCAGCUGCUGCAGGUGGAGCGCGAGAAGUCGGCACUGCUCAUGAACCUGCAGGAGUCGCAAACCCAACUGCAGCACACACAGGGCGCCCUGACCGAGCAGAAUGAGCGGGUCCAUCGCCUCAUGGAGCACGUCAACGGCAUGAAAUGUCUCAACGGGGACAAAGAGCUCGCUGACCCGCAGGACAGCGAGAAACCGCACGGUGGCUCCUUCCCGCCGCCGGCCAGCGGUCAGCACGAUGCCGAUGUCCACGGCUUCGAGAUCCUGGAGUGCAAGUACAAGGUGGCUGUGACGGAGGUGAUCGACCUGAAAGCAGAGCUCAAGGCCCUGAAGGAGAAGUACAACAAGGCCGUGGAGGGGCAGGGCGACAGCCACGGAGAUGACAGGGUCCUGGCACUGAGUGAACAGGUGACACACUUGGAGCGCAGCUACCGCGAGAGCAGGGACAGGGUGACCAACCUGGAGGCCGAGCUGCGAGCGGCCGCCAGCGCCGCCACGGAGGGCCAGGGCAUGCUGAACGCAGCACAGGACGAGCUGGUGACCUUCAGCGAGGAGCUGGCGCAGCUCUACCACCACGUGUGUCUGUGCAACAACGAGACCCCCAACCGCGUCAUGCUGGACUACUACCGCCAGAGCCGCGUGACACGCAGCGGCAGCCUGAAGGGCCCCGAGGACCACCGGGCCCUGCUCACGCCCCGCCUGGCCCGCCGCCUCGCCGCGGCGUCCGCAGCCUGCUCCCCCGAGUCCCCGCGCAGUCCCAUGGACUCCCCGUCCAGGGACGCCCGUCACAAUGAGACAGCGGCCAUCGCGGUGGACUCCUGUCACAGCAGCCCGACCCGCAACCCCACGGGCCCCCCGGGCAUCAGCGCCUCUCCUUGCCCAUCCCCGGUGCCCUCCGAGGCUGGCGGGGACCUUCGGAAGGAGCCCAUGAACAUCUACAACCUGAACGCCAUCAUCAGAGACCAGAUCAAGCACCUCCAGAGGGCCGUGGACCGCUCGCUGCAGUUGUCCAGGCAGAGGGCCGCAGCGAGGGAGCUGGCGCCGAUCCUGGACAAGGACAAGGAGUUGUGCUUGGAGGAGAUCCUCAAGCUGAAGUCUUUGCUCAGUACCAAGAGAGAGCAGAUAGCCACGCUCAGGCUCGUGCUGAAGGCCAAUAAACAGACAGCAGAGGGGGCACUGGCUAAUUUAAAGAGCAAGUACGAGAAUGAAAAGACGAUGGUGACGGAGACUAUGAUGAAGCUGAGGAACGAGCUGAAGGCUCUGAAAGAAGAUGCCGCCACCUUCUCGUCUCUCAGGGCCAUGUUCGCCACAAGAUGUGACGAGUACGUUACACAGCUGGAUGAGAUGCAGAGGCAGCUGGCGGCAGCAGAGGACGAGAAGAAGACGUUGAACUCCCUCCUCCGCAUGGCCAUCCAGCAGAAACUGGCCCUGACCCAGCGGCUGGAGGACCUGGAGUUCGACCACGAGCAGAUUCACCGCGGCCGCGGCGCCAAAGUGCCCAAGAUCAAGAGCAGCCCGCCCAAAAUUAUGGUAGAAUGCAUUGCAUUUACAACAUUUUUGGAUAACACAACGCCAUAUAAAUAAACAACGUUUAAGUGCAACAGACAAACAUGACUGGUGGAGUUCAUGAAUAUAAAUGACUAGCAGCAUUAGUGUUGAGCUGGACUGGAUUGUUUUUGUUCCUUUUUCUGUACUAAUCAAUAUGAUAUUGGAUUUGUGAUUGUAAAUAUGUCCAUACUUGUGUGUCUUUGUUUCCAUCUCCAGUACUGAUUGUCUAUUUGUGCAGAGGCUGCUCCCGUCAAGACAGGUCUAGUGACCUUUCAACCAUGCAGACAUGUGCUGCGAAUGUCAGGCGGUUUACUGUUGACAUCGUUGAAAAACACUGAUUUCCACAGCAUGAGAGAAACCAAAUGAUCAUCCCUUACAUUGUGUUAACCUGUUAUUGUAGCCGCAAGUUGUAAUCCCCGACAAGACCUCUCCCUGUGUUGUCUUUCGUGUUUUCUCCGUCCCGUUGUCUAACCCGGAGUGUCCCCGCUCUGUGCAUUUGUCUAAUUUAUCAGUUUCUUGUAGAUUGUAAGCAGCCUGCUGCCUCUGUACCGUCACUCUCCCCACAACUAAGGCGAGGGAGAGCCUCCCUAGCCCGCAGGUAACAAGCUGUGCAACCUGCUACAAGUGGACUCACGUGUCCAUCUAUCCACGACACGCCAUCAUGAACACGCCGGUUAAUGCACGCAUCUUCUGUUGAUUGCACACCUGUAUAUCUGGAAGAUGGAUGGUCCCAAAUCAACUCCGUUGGUUACCUAUGAACAGGUUAUGGCAGACGGAGGGAAUGUAGAGGGUUCUACACCCUCUUUAACUGGAUUCAUUUAGUCACAAUUCAACUUUUUGGAUUUCAAAUUUUCCAAAAUGAACAAUGUAGUUUCAUGAGUUCAAGGUUAACUCUGGCGCAUCAAUGUUGGAGUUAACCGUCAUGUCGGGCCAGAUGUUGGCCACUAGGAGACGGCGGACAUGUUUGGUUUCAGUGAUGCUACUUAGCCAACAUUCUCCAAACACGUUUCUCAACGUUCCGCUUGUCUUGAAAUUAUUUAAAGUAACCACCCCGCUUGUUCCUUGUUUCCUUGUGGUAUUAAAGGAAUAGUUUCACCUUUUGGGGAAAUAUUUUGGAGGUGUUUUUUGGAAUGAAAGCAAAGUGUUUCACCAAAAAAAAGUUGAAAUUUUCCUUUGAUAAAAGCCGGCUCUUUUGCCCUCAUCACAUGCUGCAUUUUCUUUGGUUUCUUGGUUUGCUGCAACCUCAUUUCUAACAAACUGUUCCCGUGGCUCGGUAGUGUUUUUCACUCAAAUCUCAUCCCCCCCCCCCCC